AUGGAAUCGCAACAAGUUGAUGGCGGAUCCGAGCCCAAACGUUUGAAAACUGACGAAUCCUCGAUUCCAAAAGAAAGCACAGGGAACGGAGAGGCUGUGCCGGUUUCCGAAGCAGCCAAGCGCCAAAUCAUGAUCGAAACCGAACUGAACGGCAUGAUCCAAGAAAUGAUGGCCUCGGAAGAUUUUGAAGAGGAAGAUGAAAUGGAACCAGAAUCGUAUGCGGCAAUCAUGAAAGCAGCCAAGGAAAUCUGCUACACACGAAAGAUCUACGAUGUUUCUGCCGACAAAAUUGUCUUCUUUCCAAGCAUAACCAAAACAAUUGUCAACAUGGAUCUGUUCGAGAAAGCGGAGGAGUACUAUUAUGAUGAAGGUGACGAAUUUCCAAUGGAGUACUCGAUGGGUCUUCGAAACGUCGCUUUUGAAAAGCUCGAAGCGGAAGGGGACGAUGACGAGGAGGAGAUGGAUGAUGAUAUGAUGGAACGGCUGUCAAUGGCUGUGCAACUGACGGAAGAUGACAAAGACGAGCUUCAGGAAGCGAUUGCCGCCGCCGAAGCAGCAGAUGAAGAAGAGGCAGACCAACAAGACACCGACGAGAAGGAAGAUUUUGUAAUGGAUCCGGUCACUGCAGCAGCAGAUCAAAAGGAGGAAGACCAAGAUACCGAUAAGAAGGAAGAUUAUAUAACAAACCCGAUCAGCGAUGCAUCAGAUCAAGAAGAGACAGAUCAAGGCGUAGGCGAGAAGGAGGAUUCUGCAACGGAGCCGGUCAACGAAGUUACAGAUCAAGAAGACGUAGACCAAGAAACCGACGAGAAGGGAGUUUCUGCAGCAGACCCGAUUGGCCCUCAAGUGGAAAGUUCUUCUGCGAGUCCAAACGAAAAUACAGCCUCUGAUACGGUCUCGAAGGGAGAAGCUGUACCAGUUUCCGAAGCAGCCAAGCGCCAAAACAUGAUCGAUACCGAACUGAACGGCAUGAUCAAAGAAAUGAUGGACUCGGAAGAUUUCGAAGAAGAAGACGAAAUGGAACCAGAAUCCUACGAGGCAAUCAUGAAAGCAGCCAAGGAAAUCUGCUACACACGAAAGAUCUACGAUGUUUCUGCCGACAAAAUCGUCUUCUUUCCAAGCAUAACCAAAACGAUUGUCAACAUGGAUCUGUUUGAGAAAGCGGAGGAGUACUAUUAUGAUGAAGGUGACGAAUUUCCAAUGGAGUACUCGAUGGGUCUUCGGAACGUCGCUUUUGAAAAGCUCGAAGCGGAAGGGGAUGGCGACGAUGACGAGGAGGAGAUGGAUGAUGAUAUGAUGGAACGUCUGUCAAUGGCUGUGCAGCUGACGGAAGAUGAUAAGGACGAACUCCAGGAAGCGAUUGCUGCUGCCGAGGCAGCAGAUCGAGAAGAGGCAGAGUCUGCAAUGGAUCCGGUCAAUGAAGUAACCGAUCGAGAAGAGGACGACCAAAACACCGACGAUAAGAAAGCUGCUGCAAUUGAUCCGGUCACCGAAGCACCAGGACAAGAAGGCGCAGACCAAGAAAUCGACGACAAGAAGCAAGAUCCUGUAGUGGAUUCGGUCACAAAAGCAGCAGACCAAGAAGAGGCAGACCAACAAGACACUGACGAGAAGGAAGAUUCUGCAGUGGAUCCGGUCACCGAAGCAGCAGAUCAAGCAAAGGCAGACCAACAAGACACUGAGGAGAAGAAAGACUCUGCAAUGGAUUCGGUCACAAAAGCAAAGGACCAAGAAGAGGCAGACCAACAAGAAACUGACGAAAAGGAAGAUUCUGCAGUGGAUCCGAUCAGCCCUCAACAAUUAGAAGCAUCUUUUGAAUCAUCACUCGCGAGUAGCAGCGAUGUUGGUGGUGAUGAGCCUACAUUGACUCAUGAUGAGAGAUCUGCUGAGGUCGUUACGAUUGGCAAAUCGAAUCUUGCGCCAGACGAAUCCGGCACGCCCGAAACUGUUCCUUCAGAAGAGCCAGCUACAAAAACGAAAGCAGGAAUAUUCACCAAGGGUCUCGAGACGGCAAAGGGAUUAUUUAAUGAGCACACUGAAAUGGCGGCUGUGGCUUGCUUGGCGAUCUUUGCUGCAGCUGCAAUUUCUGCAACGAGGAGGUAA